AUGAAAAGUGACAGACCAAUAUAUAAAGUUUGCAAAUAUUGCGAGAAAGAAUUUUAACAAAAUGAAAUCUUCAACCAUCAACGAUCAUGUAUUUCCAAGUCAAAAGAAAUAAACAAGUCAAAUUCUUCAAAGCCUUAAAUAAAUGCUCAACAUAUUUAGUCAGAGCAAUAGCAUUAGUCUUUUCAAAAAUCAUCAUCCUUAUAAAAUAAUUAAAAUUUUCAAGAAAGCAAUGUUGAUCUUUAAUUGUCUCAGAAGAUCCAUGAUAAAUAUAAUGGUAAAAUUAUAGUUUUAGGUGUUAUACAAUUACCUAAAGAGGAUAGCAUAAGGUAUGAGGAAUAAUAGAAAUAAAACAUAUAAUAAUAAUAACCCUCCUAUGAAAGGCAACCUUAUCAAAACUGUAAUUAACAAUAAUUCUCUCAAUAAGAAGCUUAUAAUCAAAAACCUAAUUUUGAAUAACUCUACUAUUAAUAACCCUAGCAAUCAGUCAUAAAUUAAGUAGAUGUAUCAAAUUUAAUAAAAUGCGAACACUGCAAUUGCCUUUUAAAUUCUGAGGACAAAGAUUUUCAUGAAAUGAAUUGUUCUUCAGUUAUUCGAUUUUAAGAACUAAUCAAAGACUUAGAUUAACCAUAAGAAUAAGAAAUCCCUUCUUAGUCUAUCUCAUUUAUUAUAGCCAAUAAUUAAACAAUAAUUGCACAAUACCUCUAAAUUCAUUCUGAAUGCAAAGAUAUUAUAUAAAAAGGCAAAAAACUAUUGGAUGGAGCUAUGUUUAAAAACUUGAAAUUUAAGAAAACUUUAGAUUAAAAAACUUGCUACUUUUGUUCAGACUACUUCAAAGAAGACGAGAUCAUUUAUAAUCUAGAAUGCUGCCUCUUAAAAAGUCAUAAAAAAUGUUUACAUAACAUGGUCAAAAAAAGUACCAAAUGCUAUAACUGCAAGAAAGAAUUAUUUCCAUUCAAGGGACAAGUCAAAAGAUGA